UUCUCUCUAAUUCUAUACAUUAUUUAUAUUCUUCUUGCUACUAACAAUCAUUCUCCUGUUACCACCACUUAGACCCUUCCAAGCUUCCUUCUUCCUCACUAGAUUUUUAAUUAGCUACUGUUGUAGCUGCUUAAUUAACGACCGGACAGUGAUCAACUCUGGUUGCCUUUUAUUUUUUGUUUUUUCUGUACCUUGUUUUAUUUUUUCUAUUAUUCUUGUUAUAUUACACAACAAACAGCUAGUGUGAACCUUCCCACCUUUUUUAGGUGUCUAUUUAUGCAACUUGGCAGGGUGGAAGUUACCAACACAACAGUCUUGCUUCUUCUGUGCCUGCUUUCUGGGACUUUCAGGAAUUUAGUGUGAGCAGAACGAGGAAAAUGAUGAAUAGGACAAUUUUCCAGAAAGAAGACAUUCUCCCUAUAGCAUUAGUUGCUGGGUCCAGUAGCUCCAGGCUGCAAGGAGUUGCUUGCUGAACUUGAAUCUCUCAAGUUAGGUGUUUUGGAGGGCAGCUUGCAGCAGAAAUAUAAGUGCCCUGUGGUCUCUUUGAUGGAGUUAUCAAGAUCUAGUUCUUCAAAAAGGGCCAAAACGCCUGGCAGUGGGACCCAUGUCCCUUCUUGCUUGGUUGAUGAGUGCACAGCAGACCUUACUAAAUGCAGGGACUAUCAUCGCCGCCAUAAAGUAUGUGAGCUCCAUUCUAAGACCCCAAAAGUUACCAUUCAGGGUCAAGAACAACGGUUUUGCCAGCAGUGUAGCAGGUUUCAUUCAUUGGCGGAGUUCGAUAAUGGAAAGAGAAGCUGCAGGAAACGGCUUGAUGGGCACAACCGGCGCCGUAGGAAGCCUCAGCCAGAAACUCUGUCCUUAAACUCUGGGAGGUUUCUUUCUGAUUACCAAGGUACUAGAUUUAUACCAUUCGGUAGCCCUCAAGUAUUUUCAACUAGCUCAGAGAUACCUGCUUGGGCUGGAGUUGUCAAAGCCACAGCUGAAGUGAUGUUUCACAACCACCACUCUCAGUUGGACUUGAUCAAUAGGAACAUGUUUCAUGAAUCGUCAUCUCACAACUACAAAGGAGGGAAGCAGUUCCCCUUCUUAGAGGGAAUCAAUUCUACACUCCCAGGAACUUCCAACUAUCAACCACAACUGAGUGCCAAUUCCUCUUUGAGCAGCCAGAAAAUCUGCUCUAAUGGUUUAAACAGAGUGAUAGAUUCAGGCUGUGCUCUCUCUCUUCUGUCAUCGCCACCAGCCGAGACUCGGGAGAUCGGUUUCAGCAAUAUGUUGCAGUCUGACUCAAUCCCUCAGUUCUUGAUCCCAAGUUUGAAUUACAGUAAUCAAGGAAUGAAUGGCGAGCCUCUACAAUCUGCUUUGGUCACAGAAAUCAGUAGCAAUGCCAACCACCAUAACCAGGGUAUUUUUCAUAUGGGUCCUGAUGGAUCCUCUCCAAGUAGAACUCACCAGACUCUCUCCUUCUCCUGGGAGUAGUGUCUCCCAUCUGCAGCUUUCCUUGUGACCCAUUAUUACCAAACAGUUUAAUAAAAUGUGGAAGCAACUGCAAGCUGUAAGAUUUCUAUGUUAUUUCAUGCAUGUACUCCUAUUAAAAUCCUUGUAGCCUCGCAAGUAGAGGGAUCUUGUAUUCUAUUUAUUUGAAGCCCAAAAAGUGGUGGGUUUCAAUGUUAUCAUCGUAUCAUUUGUAUAAAAAAUUUCCAAAAUAAUUAUUUUCA